CCUCUUCUUCAAUUUCUUUUCGUUUGGGUCUAGUUUCCCCUUUUUUUUUUCCCCGCUGACAAUUAUUAGAUCUUUCUUAAUUUCUUCAAAUUACUACUACCAAUUAGGCAAUUACCCAAUUUCCUAUUGGCCAAGAAUAAUACUGUGUGACUCUGUGAUAGUGAAAUAUGGAUGGACUCAUGGCACAUUACCAAUAAACUUCUUCCCCUUUCCUUAAAUUUAUUAUCUCUCAACCGUUUCUCUCUCACUCUUUCUCUCUUACAACAAAAAGGGUCCUCGAAUCUCUCCCCAUCUCUCCUUCUCACUCUCUUUCGGGUAUUGAAAAGCCCACGUUGAGGACCCAUCUCGUGCUUCAUGGAUGAUUCCAUUCUAUUGUUUUGUUAUUGCCAGUGAUUAUACUCUUCCUCUUCUUCGUUUCUUACAUAUUGUCCAAAGGUUGUGAAAAAGCUGGUCUUUGAUUCAUCGUAAUGUGGUAAAAAGAUUGGAUUUUUCUUCUGCAAGUGAUAGCACUAUGGAUAGUUCUUCGUUGGAGGGUAAAAUUUUUUUCUUCCACUUGUUUUGUUGUUUUGAUGGUUUAUGAUUCAGCAGAGUUUUCCUGUGAUGAAUUUUGGCUUGUUUCCUCAAUGUUAUCCUUAGCUUGUCGGUUAGUUACUUAAAUGUUGAAAAGUCUACUCUUUGAAACGUUCUCAAUCCUGAAAAAAAUUCAAUCUUGAUCCAUUUCUCUGUUUUUUUUGUAUGUAAGUAAAGGUUCUGAAGACUAGUGAUAUUGUUGGGAGAUAGCAAUUUAAUUUGAUUAGAUCUCCUUGGGAGUUUCUGUGAUUGGAAAUUGUGUUGUUUCGUGUGUAUGUGCUGUCAAUGAGUAUGUGAUUUUUAAUUUUCUUUUGGGGUUAUUGUAAUUUAGUAGUGGUGGUUACCCACUCCCUAUUGGUUUUUUAGCAUUUUCCUGAAUAAAAAUGUAAAAGCAUCUGAGUAGGAUGCCAGCAAUGUCGUUUUCGCUUGCCUCUAAUAUUCACCUCUUUAGUCUUUACAAUGGAAGGCUUAUGUUUAAGCAAUUUGCUCUUCAUUAAUGCUUCUGCAAGGUUUUCUGAAUUUUAAUAUAAUCCUCUCAGCGCACCAUUAGGAGAGCCACUUGUACUGCAAAGUCAACGUGAAAGUUGGUGCUAAUCAGUCUGUAUUCUUUUUUAAAUAGAAAAAUGCCUUCCAUUGGCCGGGUAUCUUACGAUUCAUCAGGGUUAGAAUGCAUUUUUCUGUUCUCAUUUCCCUUUCAAUGUGAUUAUUUUUUGUGGGAGUUGAAAAGGAUGCAGUUAGGUGCUCUGCUCCUUGCUGAAAUAACUGUGUUCUGGCGUAAAACUUUUUGGGUCAACCUUCAUUUCACAACCUGAUUAGCUUGUUGGUUUGUCAUCAUCUGUUAUGUGGAUUUUGACGUUUGAAAUCGAUGGUACUUUGGAUACGUGUGAAAGUGUGGGAGAUGCUUUAAACAGUAGGGAAAAUAUGCUGGCAUGUGCAUUAGAGUAAUGUGUCAUGUAUGUAAAUUAGUAGAGGAAUUAUUAGCAGUUCGUUUGACUGUAUUUAUAGAUGUAUAUAAGCAGUUACAACUUGUAAAUAAAGCUUCCUCCUUUUGGCCUGAAUUUCUUAAAUUUUCUGGUUCUAAGUUUUGUUUGGAACCUUCUUCUAUGCAGGGUUGAGCCGCGAUCCAUCAAAGUGUGGUAAGUUAACCAUGGAUGAAAAACGGGAAAUUGUGCAUGCUUUGUCCAAGUGGUCCCAUGGUGCAUCAGAGAUCCUGCAGUCCUGGAGCCGUCAGGAAAUAUUAGAAGUUCUCUGUGCUGAAAUGGGGAAAGAAAGGAAAUAUACUGGUUUGACAAAGGUGAAAAUAAUAGAGCAGCUUAUGAAAAUUGUGUCUGAGAAGAACUUGCAUGAGCAUGCUACUGCAACUGAUAAUGAACCAAAGACUUCAUCAGACAGUCCGCAAAAACCUGCCAAAAGGCAGCGGAAAUCUGAUAAUCCUAAUCGAUUAUCUGUUCCAACAAAUGUAGCAACCACCUUUGAGGUUCCUGUAGAGGUGGAAACUACAAAUUAUUGCAAAAAUAUAGCUUGUAAAGCGGCACUGGGUAAAGAUUAUUCAUUCUGCAAGAGGUGUUCGUGCUGCAUUUGCCAUAAGUAUGAUGACAACAAGGACCCUAGCUUGUGGUUGAUUUGCAGCUCAGAGGUUCCGUUUCAAGGCGUAUCAUGUGGCAUGUCUUGUCACCUUGAAUGUGCCCUUAAAAAUGAAAGAGCUGGCAUCAUCAAGGAUAAGCUGGACAAUAGACUUGAUGGGAGUUUCUAUUGUGUAUCUUGUGGGAAGAUGAAUGAUAUUCUUGGGUCCUGGAGAAAACAACUUCUUAUAGCAAGGGACACCAGAAGGGUUGACAUACUCUGUUAUCGGGUUUCCCUGUGCCAAAAGAUUCUUAAUGGAACCAAAAUCUACCAAAAUCUGUACGAAAUUGUUGACAAAGCCGUGACAAUGCUUGAGGCAGACGUCGGUCCUUUAACUGGUUUACCAGUGAAGAUGGGUAGAGGUAUAGUAAAUCGGCUAUCUGCUGGACCAGAGGUUCAGAAACUCUGCUCUGCUGCCAUUGAGUCCCUUGAUUCCGUUCUCUCAGCAAGAGCUUCUGACGUGCCUGCAGAUCAUACUAUGGUUGCUCCAAAAUUGGUUACACUUGAAGAUAUCCGCUCCUCAUCUAUUACUGUGCGUUUGAUGUAUGAAGAGUCCUCUCUGGGAAAUGGAACAACAUGUAACGUAUGGCAUCGAAAAUCAGUCGAUUUAGACUAUCCAAGGGAGCCUACUUGCACAGUGUUUCCACCAAAUUGGACGUGCACUUUAUCAAGUCUAGCACCAGAUACUGAUUAUCUUCUCAAGCUUGCAUCCCUUGAUAAUGGUAGGGAAUUAGGAACAUGUGAAGUAAGUUUUCGAACAGCAAUUGCUGUUGUUGAUGUCUCUAAUGCCAAUUCAAAAGAAGUGGAAGUUGAAAGAACUGAAAGUCCGGCUACCAAUUGCAGUAGCCUUUCUAAUCCUUCGUCAGUUGAAGAUGAAACUAAUAAUGUUAACCCCAGCAGCAAUGAGAGUGAGACCAGGGGGGAUAACUAUCUUAACCACCAUGAUACAGCUGAAAACAUGAUUUCGGCGAACAUGUUAAACGGCUACUCAGAUAAAAUAGAAAGAGGUAUCAAUGGGGAUGCCUCAUCCUUGCUGGAUGAGGAGCAUAGCAUGGGGAAAAUUUGUUCAGUUUCAAAUGCUGAUGCUGUGAAUCUUGAGAACAAGCAAUCACUGGAAGAACAAAUGGUUGAAGAAACAAGCACUGACAAUGGGUCAACUACCCCUCAUCGAACAGGCAAAGAGUGUGUUCCAGUGCUCAGUAAUCCAGUAAACGUGUUGCCAAUUACUCCCUGCAAGUUUGAUAAUACAAAGGAUGGGCUUCAAAGAAGCUGCAGACCGAAACUUGCUAUCAAGGACCUUGAUAACGGGUCUGGAAAAGAAGAGGAACCUCGAGCUGGUAGUUCAUCUAAAAAGAGAAAGUUUGAAAGCCUAGGUGAUGAAUCUGGUACAGUGGACAAGGACUUUGAAUAUUACGUUAAGAUGAUCCGGUGGUUGGAAUGUGAAGGGCAUAUUGAAGCUGCAUUCAGGCAAAAAUUCCUGACUUGGUACGGCUUGAGAGCCUCGCCUCAGGAGGUGAGAAUUGUGAAGGUAUUUGUCGACACAUUUAUUGAAGAUCCGGAGUCACUUGCUGGACAGCUGAUUGACAGCUUCUCUGAUGUCAUUUCGAACAAAAGAUCAAGCGCUUUGCCGGCAGGGUUCUGCCUGAAGCUUUGGCAUUAAGGAAUCAGACACCAUUUCAUGUUUCCUGCAAAAAAACGCAAGAGUUAUCUAGAUGAAUUCUUUGGAGUUUUUUUCAGUAGAACUCAGUUAUUCAAAUUCUAAUGGUAGGAUAUUAAUGGAUUAUUACUAGGAUACUGCAUAGCCCAUAUAUACUAUUAUGUCAUUAUAGUGAAAGUUAGGAAAGUAGGCUUUCUUUCAUUUGAUGGAAUGCUUCUUUCUAGUUCUCUAUAUUUUUACCAGACAAUUGUACAGAAUCAUUAACUUCAUAUAAAUGUCAGAUCUAUUUAUAAUGUCAUAGAACAUGUGAUUCAGAA